AUAAAACCGCUCGUACAAAUUGGACUUCUAUGUACGUUCGAAUUCGUUGACAAUACUGAGAGCAUAUUUGAUUAUCCAUCAAUUCACGGCGAGUCCAAAGAACGUUCAAUUACAGGUGGUGGGGAAGCGACUGCUCAUACUUGGACCAGCUGUGUACAUUUUGUAAUCGAGAAAGUCUACCCUAGAUCGUAACAGUGCACCGAUCGAUCGGCAUGUCUGUACACAACGUUGCUCAAAAUUCUGCACUCCAAGAUCUACGAUGGGUCGCGUUUAUGGGAGAUUUUGUUCUCCUCAAAGCUUUAAUUUUAAAAAAGAACAAUACUUUUCUUUGGGGUUUGUUCGGAUGGUGCGAUUCCCUAUGCAGAGGAUUUGGACAGGUGGUAUUCGCGAAUAACCCAAUCAGUGGUAUAAUGAUCAUGAUUGCGUUGGCAUUGACCGCACCGGGUAUCCUUGUGGCCGCAGUUGGAACGGGUUUCUUCGGACUUUUACUUUCUUUGUUACUUCGAGAUACCGGUGAUAACAUAGACAAUGGCCUCACAGUCUUUAAUCCCGUGUUGAUUGGAGCUGUGACGUAUGCUUCGGCCCCCAGAUUUUACGGUGCUAUCGAUGCAUUUGCUGUUUUGAUUAUCGUCGUUGGUACAAUAUUCAGUGUUUAUUUAACUCGAUCACUCGGAACUGGGAGAUUUCCUUGCUUAACAGCACCGUACAACAUAGUGGAACCUAUCCUGUUGCUUGUUCUAACGAUGCAACGAGACUUUGGGCAAAUGUCAAAGGCAUUGGAGAUUGUAACGAUGCAGAAUGACGUACAGAUGGAAAAUUCUACCGAGUUUCUAUUCGUGGAAAGAGGACUGAUCAAUGAAACUUUGAACCUCGAGAAAUUGAAUUGGGGACUGGUGUUUCGCGGAGUUGUUACUUCAGCGUCCCAAUUGUACGCUGUCGAUGACGUGGCCGCAGCUUCGGUGAUCUAUCUUUCCAUUAUCGUCUAUUCACCGCUGACAGCACUAUUCUCUUUUCUCGGAGCAUUGGUCGGAUCUCUCGUAGCUUUGAGCCUCAACGUCCCUCUCGUUUCCGUCUACGCCGGACUUUGGGGCUACAACAGUUUUUUAACCGGUGGAGCUUUCGGUGGGCUGUUUCUUGUAAUAAGUGGCCAAACCGCAGCUGUGGCUUUUGUGGCAAUAAUAUUUACGACGUUGCUUCAAUACGUCGGGGAUCCUCUAAUGGCAAAGGUUGGACUUCCGGUUUUAACGAUCCCAUUCGUCGUGACAGCCUGGUUAUUUUUCGGGCUCCGUGAUUCCGUCGACGGGACAUUUCCACGUCCAGCAUUGGUGACAUUUCCUGAGCACGAGCUCCACAGUUAUCGCUUGAAAGGUCACGAACUUGACCUCGAAAAGAUCGAGGAAAACUCGGAUGCUGAAAGUCCAAAUGCCGAAGAAAAAAUAUCCUCCAACGAUUGAGAAACCAUGCUUUUCGAGAUUAACUAAACUUGCCGCAUUUCUGCGCGAGAACAAGCAAACUGAUUGGGGAGAUUAUCUGCCUAGAGACAAUGAUAUAAAAAAGAAUCAAACUAGCGCAUUGCGUGGCCUCGACAAUAACGCCUCAAGUAUUCGCCGGCGCCAACGGGACUAACAACCCUACAAGAACGUAAAACCCGCCUACGUAAAACCGUUUUGCUCGAAGAAAAUCAUUUUCCCAAGCACAAACGAAGACAAAAACAGGAACAAAAAAUAACGAGGAAUAAAAACGAAGAAAAUGGUCGCUGGGCAAGGGGAUAACUCGUGUUUUUCAAAAGCGUCUCGUUUGCAGAGUUAUUGAAAGCCGAGCAGCGACGACGCAGCGAAAAACGAAUGAUUCACUUUUCUCCUUACGGUUUACUUUUUUUCUCAUCCUUCCAGUCGCUCCAAUUACCUUGUAGAAAUUUAUUCAAGCAAGGGACAAAACCAUUUGCUUAAAUCUUAUCUAGCUUCGUUUGUUUGUGUCUCCGGAAAAAGUGUGAUCGAGAGGGCAAACGAAGAAUAAUAAAAUCUCGAGUCUCAUA